UAUCUCCGACACUUUCACAAUGGCUGACCACCGUCGGCACGAUUACUACGGCCGUGAAGAUCAAGACCAGUACGGCGCCGGCGGCAUGAUGAAGAGCAUGCUGCCGGAGCGCGGACCUUCGACUCAGCAGAUUCUAGCCGUGGUCACGCUCCUGCCGCUCGGCGGGUUCCUGCUGCUGGUAGCGGGCCUCGUGUUCGUGGCCACGCUGAUCGGGCUCGCGGUGGCGACGCCGGUGUUCGUGAUAUGCAGCCCGGUGAUCGUUCCGGCGGCGCUGGCGAUCGGGAUGGCGGUGAUGGGGUUCCUGACGUCGGGCGCGUUCGGGAUCACGGCGCUGUCGUCGCUGUCGUGGAUGGCGAACUACAUUCGCCGGACGAGGGUCGGGGCGGUGGUGCCGGAGCAGAUGGAGCACGCGAAGCGGCGGGCCCAGGAUGUGGCGGGCCAGGUGGGGCAGAAGGCUCGGGAUGUGGGCCAGGCUGUUCAGGGGAAGGCCCAGGAAGCCACCAGGAGUGUCCAGGAAGGUGUUGGGUCGAGGAGCCCUGGACGUACUUGAAAUUAAUGAGUGGGCUUUAUUAUAGGGAGCAGUUUCGUGGGGUUUUCUCAAGGCUGUAUGUAUUUUCAUUUUGAGUUGGUGAUUUUGGGUGUUUCUAUCUAUGUCUCUAUGAACUUCUUCGUGUUGUAUACUUCUAUGUGAUAACUGAAAAUCUGGAAUAAAUUAUUGUCAGAGAGAGAAUCUGAAAUAAAUUUGUGUAUUUGGAUGAGGGUAUUGAAUUGGAUGUUUGGGUUCAAUUUCAUGAAAUUGGAUCCUUGUUUAGAAGGGUCCAAUUUGAAAAUGUCACCAUUUUCAUAUGGUUACCCCAGAUGCCAGCUUGUUAACUUUGCUAGGUCAGGCAUGGGCACGGUUCCAAUCGUGCCGUGCCUAUUCGUAUUUGUGUCAUGCUCGUAUUCGUGUUUAAUAAAAAAGACGAAAACAAAAGAGAUCAUGAAAAAGAAAGUGAAAAUAGGACGGAGGAAGAUAUUAUUAACCGAUAAUGUUUGAGAAAAGUAACAAAUAAGAGGGGAAAGAAAACUAGAAGUAUAUGCCGUGCCUAUUCGUAUUUGUGUCAUGCUCGUAUUCGUGUUUAAUGAAAAAGACGAAAACAAAAAAGAUCAUGAAAAAGAAGGUGAAAAUAGGACGGAGGAAGAUAUUAUUAACCGAUAAUGUUUGAGAAAAGUAACAAAUAAGAGGGGAAAGAAAACUAUAAGUAUAGCGAGUGUGAUUUGGUUUUGUUUAAUUCUUUGUUCAUUUUUACUUAUAUUAGUAAUUAUAUAUAUCUUUAUGAUAUUUCUAACAGCAAUAAAUAAUUAUUUUUCUCCUUAUGUUUUGUAAUAUUUGAACCUAUAAUUUUUUUUAUAUUUAUUUUCUAUAAAAUAAAUAUUAUUUUUGUGCCAUGUCCGUUCUUAUACUCAAGAAAGUCUCGAAAAUAUUAGGCCCGACACGGCCUACUCCCGUGCUCGUGCCCGUGCCCAUGAAGUUUAGGCCCGACACGGUCCAUAAAUUAUUCGUGCUCAUGCCGGGCUUGCCCAUUUAUUUCGUGCUCGUAUUCGUGCCGUGUUCUAACCGUGCCGUGCUAGCCCGUGGGCGGCACGACCCGGUGCCCACAUACAGUCAAUACGGUUUAGUCCAGGCCCAAUCGAGUCGCCAGGUCGUUAAUUUGGUCUAGAUUGAGUAAAGCAAAGAGAAAAAAAAAAGACCAUUUGACUCCAAUUCAGUAGCUCUACAGCGGAUCGACCCAUAAAUAUAUGACCUGAUUUUCUCAUCGAAUCUGGACUUUCAUCGUAAUUCAUAUUAUCAUCAUUCAUCAACACAAAAAUAAGGGCCAUUGUUAUUGUUAGAAUAUGACUUGAAUUUGAUUUGAGUUUGUUUUGUGUUUUAUGCCUAUUCUGUUUGGGUUUGGGAUUGGGCUUUGUUUGACCUUUUUUCUUGUAUGUUUGGGAAAAAGGUGUUUGGUUUUCUGUUUUGGAUUGGGAGAAGAGUUCUAUAUAUACUCUUCAUCUCCCUAAUCUGUAGUAAGGGUCAGUCAGGUUAGUUUGUUUGGUUUGUCCGUUUUGAAUUUGGUUUGUAACCUGUACUCUCCUCAAAUUAGUGAAAUUUGUUCUCCCCUGCCCGUGGAUUAGCUAGCACACAUUGUGUUAGUGAACCACGUUAAAUUUGUGUUUGUUCGUGUUGGUUUGGAUUAUCGAUUGCACGCUUCUGCUCUGAUACCACUUGUCAGAAAUCGGGCUGCUCAAUUAGUACGAUAUUGUCCGCUUUGGGCCAAGCCCGCACGGUUUUACUUUUGGGUGUCCUCCCCAAAAGGCCUCGUACUAAUGAGAUUGGUGAACACUAAUAUACAAGGGUUCCUUCC